CCCUGCUCGCCAUGAACACCGACGAGCAGUAUUACGCCUCGGCGCAGCUCUACAAGGAGUCGUGUGCGUUUCAGAGAGCCCAGGCGCAGGAUUACAACCCCAGCCCCCCCGCCUGCCUGUACAUGGGCAGGCAGCAGCAGGCUCCUUACCCCAGCGCCUUAGGGGCUCUCGAGCAAGGCAGCCCGCCAGACAUUUCACCUUACGAGGUGCCCCCCAUCACGGAGGAUGCCGGGGUCUCCCACCUUCAUCACCAUCACCACCACCACCCUCAUCUUCCUCCUCCCCACCAAGACACGCUGCCUUUCGCAGACGGGGCGGACACGGGGGCGAUAGAGGAGCCCCGAGCGCAGGUGCCUUUCGCCUGGAUGAAGUCCACCAAAUCGCACGCCUGGAAGGGACAGUGGACCGGGGGGUCCUACGUGGUGGAGCCCGAGGAGAACAAGCGGACGAGGACAGCGUACACCCGGGCGCAGCUGCUGGAGCUGGAAAAGGAGUUUCUCUUUAACAAGUACAUCUCCAGGCCGCGGCGGGUGGAGCUGGCUGUCAUGUUGAACUUGACCGAGAGGCACAUCAAGAUCUGGUUCCAGAACCGGCGGAUGAAAUGGAAGAAGGAAGAAGACAAAAAGCGAGGGGCGGGCAACAGCAAUGUCCCCGAGCAAGACUGUGUGGUGUCCUCCGGGGAGCUCCAGGGCAAGGAGGAUCUGCAGCCAUGCCCGCCUGGGAACCUGCCCUCGGGGGCCUCCAGGGACCUGCUCGCCCCCAGCCUCGCCCCCAGAAGGCAGCAGGACUCUCGGUGAGCCGCGGGGAGCCCCACGCCCCGGGCCGAGGAAGAGGACGGGACCGGGGAGAGAGCCGAGGGGCUGGCGCCGGCCUCCCGCCUCCGUGCCGUGCCGUGCCCGACCCUCGCUCGCCUUCCCCUUGGGAAACUCGGUGCCACCGCUCCGAAACUCCCGUACCGCAAAAAUUACACGAAAGGUGUUCAGGCCCCGCCAAGCGAGGCUCGCUGCGGGCCGCAGGGCACCUCUCCCGCUCUCCCCGGGCACCCCGCGCCGCUGCCGACACUACGGGGCAGCUUCCCCCGGGGAAGGCGGGUGUCGGGCGACCACCGACGGUGUGUGCAGCCCUGG